AUUUUACCUACCGGUAUACGCAUGCGCUCAAGACAAUCCACACAAGGUCACUGGCACGUGUGCAUGCUGUCAUCAAGACCCAUUUGCGUUACAACAGCCGUUGGAAGAAGAAUCUUUAUAUAAACGACGACAAGUUUACCCUGGCAGAAACAGCUUGAAGUGGUCAAGAACAUUAUCUGUAUCAAAAAUGGCAAGAGGAAGUCGCAGUGCCAGUCGUUCUUCGGCACCAGCCAGGUAAUGUGUUUUGAACGAUUAUGUAACCGAUUCAGAUGACUGUUUAUUACAAAUUACAGCCUCGUUUGCUUAACAAAUUAUAGUACAUACCUAUUGUAAUUGGAUGACACACAACUGUUUUAGAAAUGCAGCCUAAAACUACUGCCAAAUCACUUUUACACUUUUCCUAAUAGCAGAGGUCCUUGGCUAAAUUUGAGUGGGUCAUUUUUCAGUUGUUGACCCCAAGGGCACUGGGUAGGUCAACAUUUCCUAGUAAAGUUUGCACAAGCCAAAUACCAAGUUAUGCCAUUCAACUUCAAUAAAUGUUGAUUCUUAUUGUCAUUCAGAAUAUGUUUUCCUGCCUGUAUUCAUCCUAGAUGAUGAUAAUCUAUGUGGGUGCAUACGAUUAGAGCUCAGCUGCUUACUAAUGUAUCAGGUAAUGUGCAAGGCUGCCUGAUGCAACAAAAUAACAAUUGUAAUCAGUGCAAGUGAUGUCAGAGAAAAAUUAUGUUGCAUCAGUCUGCCCCCCCCUCCCCCUUUAGGUAUGUUGCUGUUCCAUUUUAGAGGCCAUGUUGGCUUCAUUGUGUUUUUUUAAAUUUCCAGCUCAGCUCCGGCCUAUCAUCCCCCGGCCCAAAAUGCCCCGGCCCCAGUCGCUCCAGCCCCGUCAGCCCUGGCUGUUCCUGCUGCACCCCAAGGACCCGGCCUGAUGGCCCAGAUGGCCACCACCGCGGCCGGGGUGGCAGUGGGCUCUGCCAUGGGCCACGUCAUGGGCAGUGCCCUCACAGGCGCCUUCAGUGGUGGCAGCAGCCCUGAGCCAGCCAAACCCGCCGCCAGCACAUACCAGGUGAGCAGGGCACGAGGCCGCUGAGAACCUGUGAACGAAAGUAGGCAGUGUUACAAUACUCCUAAAUGGCUUCCUAUUCUUCAGAAACAUUGACAGGUGAUAGGACUAGAUUAGUUUCCACCGUAGGUUAUUGCUUUCACCAAAGCAAUGGACUAGAAGGAAGUUUUGGUCUACAGUGAUCCCUCGCCACUUCGCGGUUCACUUAUCGCGGAUUCGCUAUUUCGCGGAUUUUCAUAAUGCAUUUUUUUUUUUUUGGUGCAUUGUGCUCUGCAUUCUGAUUCGCUAAAAACUCACUCCCGCUUCUUGUAUCAAAACAUGCUACGAAUUGUGCUAUCAUUUUGUCGUCUCGUGCAGUUAUGUGUACGUACAUAAAACAGCUUGGCAAAUUUACAUUAAGUUGGCCAAAUUAUCUUGUAAUUUCGAACAUCUCCUAAACCCAUAAUGUCGACGAAACGGCCUGGACCGACAAAAGCACCUGCGGAUGGGCCCAAACGGCGGAAGAUGCUACCUAUCUCAGAUAAAGUUAAACUUCUGGACAUGCUAAGGGAAGGUAAAAGCUAUGCAGCCGUUGCUCGCCAUUACGGAAUCAAUGAAUCUUCCGUUCGUUACAUAAAGAAGGAGGAAAAAAGAGAACACUGCAGAGCGCAGUCAGGAUGCAGCGGCCCAGUCUGAAGAGCAGUGAAACGGCCUACACGUGAGUCACUGUAUUUGUAUACAUGUAAUAGUUGCUAAUUGUAAAAAAAAAAAGUUUUCUAUUUCGCGGAUUUCACUUAUCGCGGGUCAUUUUCGGAACGUAACCCCCGCGAUAAACGAGGGAUUACUGUAUUCAGGUUGGGACGUUGUACUGGUGAGGUCUUCCCAAAUUCUUACCUAUAUUCAAUUUGCCUGACAAAAAGGUAUGUUGUCUGGAAAGAACAACAGCCAAAAAUAGGAUGUACUGUUUCUGUCUGUUGUUCUGACAGUACUAAAUUUGGUGUGGCCGUUGGACAGCAGAGGAUGUCUCUGAAAGGCAUUACUGACUUUGGCAGCCAUGGUGAAGAUGAGCUAUAGCCCUAAGUGAUUUGACCUCUCAGCUUUCAAAUUUACAUUUUAGAAUUGAACCUAACAACGUUGUUUAACAUUGAGUAUUGUGCGGGUGAAGAACCGAAAGAACUCUGUUAUGUGUGCAAAACACAGAUGGAGGGAUCUUGGGUAUUUAAACAUGUGACGUCUCAGUUUGAUUUCAUGUCUGAAAAUAGAACUAGACCUGUCCUAGAAAGCUGAAGAAAGGAGUUUGGGCUAAUUAAGCUCAUGCUAGCUACAUUUACAUUUCAGUAAUUUAGCAGACGCUCUUAUCCAGAGAGACUUACAGGAGCAAUUAGAGUUAAGUGCCUUGCUGAAGGGCACAUCGACAGAUUCACCUAUUCGGCUCGGGGAUUCGAAGCAGCAACUUUUCGGUUACUGGCCCAACGUUCUUAACCUCUAGGAUACCUGCCGCCCAAGAAGUGUCACAGACUCCUUGAUGUCAGACAUUGAGGCUAGAUUAACAUUUACAUUUACAUUUUAGUCAUUUAGCAGACGCUCUUAUCCAGAGCGACUUACAGUUAGUGAAUACAUAUUUUUUUUUAUACUGGCCCCCCGUGGGAAUCGAACCCACAACCCUGGCAUUGCAAACGCCAUGCUCUAUCAACUUAGCUACAUCCCUGCCGGCCAUUCCCUCCCCUACCCUGGACAACGCUGGGCCAAUUGUGCGUCGCCCAUGAGUCUCCCGGUCGCGGCCGGCUGCGACAGAGCCUGGAUUCGAACCAGGAUCUCUAGUGGCACAGUUAGCACUGCGAUGCAGUGCCUUAGACCACUGCGCCACUCAGGAGCCCAAUUAACACUGAGCCAAUUUAAUCUGGUGCUGACAGUGUUACAAUAUCUAUGCCUAAUAGUUGCAAACAGUGGAGGAAACUAUUGUUUAAAGGAAGCAUGGGAUGUCUUGAAAAGUGACUUGACUCCAACAAGAGUGGUUCUUGUAUUUAUUCUAUGUUAUGGGUGAUGAAUUUGACAGCGCUAAGUAUUAAAUCAUGUCAACCUGCCCGUGAGGUUUUGGAUGCUGAACAUCAUGUAGGCCUAGCCAUAGCAAAGGAAGGCUCUAGAUACACAAGCAACAUUUUUAAGCUAGCUUGUCGAUACUGUUCUAUGAAAUCUCUGCAGAACCAGUUUAGAGGUGCACUAUGCAGAAAUGUAACAAUAAUUUCAAUUUGCCAUGAUUUUACAUGAAAGAAUACAGCUUGGAACCAGUCACUCUUCAGUAAACAAGCACUUUUAUAGCUUCAACAGUGUUUAAUAUUUGAAUUAUUCGAUCAAACAAUUGCACUUCUUCACUACUAUAUCAUAGAUAUAAAGGGCAGGUGGAAAUGUUGCACAAUGUACCUGAGAUAGCAUGGAGAUUUAGAUCAUGACUGUCACACUGUAGUGAAAUCAGUGCAUGUUAAUGGUAAUGCAGAUGUCUACAGUACCUUUGACAGGUGACUUAUUAAGCGUGUGUGUCUGUGCCAUUACAGGAGGCCCCUCGACCUGCCUCAUCCCAGCCAGGCCCAUGCAUGUUUGAAGUGCGACAGUUCCUGGACUGCGCCACCACUCAGGCUGACCUCAGCUUGUGUGAGGGCUUCAACGAGGCGCUCAAACAGUGCAAGGGCUCACACGGUAAGGCUCUCGUUAAUGAUUGGUAGCUAGGAAUUAUGAACAAUCAAUUGUAUCACAGGACACUUGGUUAAACCAGUGACUUUGAAUAAAUAGAACAUUAAUGUCUACUCAAUUUCCACUCAAAGGAGUAAUUCUGUGGUAUAACCAAAAUAUAUUUACAUUCUUAUUUUUCUUAUGUUAUUGGGGGUGCAAUUUGGAUUGUGAUACAGUAUUUGUCAGAUCUAGAAGAUCAGAAGUUAAGACUUUGCUAUGCGUAUUUCAACACAUGACACAAGACAUGGGUGUGCUUGCUUUGUUCAGUGUCUUACAUGUGCUUUUUUUAUUUAAAAAAAGAUAUCCUUUUCUGAGCUCUAACUAUUUUGGAAUAUGAUUUGCAGAUAGUUAUUUUACGAAUGACUUGACCUUGUCUUUGGUUGUUUUUCCUUCAGGUGUGACAUCACUGGUUUGAGCGAGGGUGUUGGGAGUCAAAACAAGACACCAUGUUCGGAUGAACACCUACUGUAGACAGAUGAGCCACUCGGUCAUUAAAUAAACUCUAUUCAACUAACUCUCCACUAUUACAAGAAAGGAAUUAUGUUUGUUCACUGUUGACAUGUAAGGAAAUGUGUGCUGUAUGAUUUUUUGGUAAUGUAUAUGAUAUUGUGAAAUAAAGAGCUGCUGUUUACUUUCUGCUAGAGGCCUGUUCAGUCUUUCACUUUUUUUAAAGUAAGGAUGGUCAGAUACCUUGGUUAUCCAUCUCUUAAAAUGACCCUGUGAAUUAAGUGCUUCAGAUGAGGACAAUGGGCAUGUAGGUGAUGGUAUCCAAGUGGGUGUAUAGAUGAGAGAAUUAACAUAACAAUGCAUUUUUCUAUGUCC